UCUGGUGUAGCCAAAAGGAAAUCCUGGGAAAUCCAAAGGUAAACAACAUGGAGGGAGCGUCUGCUUUUGCGAUUGACGAAAUGUUUGGAAUAUCAUGGAAAAGCUUUUCCUGUGAUACGUUUUCUGGUCUCAUCAAGUACGCUACAACGCCGACUACUCUCAGGAUUAUGGCGACAGACUUCAGGUGCCUCUAUGGAGAAAUUCUCGAUGAAGACGACCUCCAAGACAGAUGCAGGGACCUGAACCCCUCAAUCGAGGUUACGACGAAAAGCCUCGUGAGGCACCUUUCUGAGGGAUUGACAGCUGCAAUUGAACGCAGCUCUAAACAUUCGCCCGAGCUGCAAGCGACCAUCGAUUCAAGUUCUUUGAUCGUCACCUUGAAUAUGGCGAUAGGGGAAGUCAAGUUCCUCUGGAAUUUCACGAUGGAUGCCCAGAGUAGUGAUGACUUCUACUCGCAGGUCACGCUUCCGAUGCUUCUGAUGCUGGCGGCCUUGAAGGAACAGCGGGAGCGAUUGUUUGCUUUGCUUAGUAAGAAAGACGCCGAGAUAUCGGGCCAUACUACAUCAGGCGCGAGAGAAUCCAAAAAGAGUGUGCGCACGUCAGCGUUUGACGAGGACGAAUUCAAGGAGGAGACGACUCGCGCAGGGGUCCUGAAGGAACGUUUCGGAAACCUGCCAGCAAGUGCGUUUGCUGGCGAUGAAGCUGAAAAAAUCAUCAAGGUUUACCAAGAGCUGUCUGCCUCAAGUCAACAGCAACCAAUAAGCAGCACAUCUGACAAGCAGUCGCCUGCUGACGCUAAUGAGCAGACAAGCACAUUGAAAGCAGGCGUACAACACAGCCAGCCCAUGCACCGCAAAGAGUUGUCUCCUGAAAUAAUCACUGAAGAACCCAAGGUCAAGAAAGUAAAAAAGCGCCUAAGGCUCUAGGACUACAUAGAGUAGUUAUUCUACUUGCAUGUGUCCUGUAGUGAUUGUGCACUGGUCAGCUCCUUUAUAUUUUUUAGAAGCUAAUUUCUGCUAACAGUAUCAUAAGGUUCUAAGCCCAAUGAAUUGUGGGUCAAAUUCCUUGUUGUGCAUCAAUGUAUUUUCAGACCACCAGGUAUUUCCAAAAUUUUAAUGUUUAAUGCACUCGCUUUUAUAUAUAAGCAUAACCUGAUUCUAUGGUAAGAAUUUUCACAAUGUCACGGCUGUUGCUAUCUUAAGUGCAUGGUAGUAUGUUUAAUUUCUUUUUAAAUAUUAAUCAAUUUUACAAUAUUCUACAUAUUGUGUUUUGGACUACCUGGUAACCUCAAAUUUUUACAUGUUAUGCACUCUUCUUUAUACAUACACAUAAUGAAUUUUAUCGCAAAGCUUUUCACAUGUGCAGCUGCCGUAAUGCCACAGCUGUUACUAUGUUAAAGGGAAGCUGAAGAGUCUGUCGAAUUCAAUAAGACGCUCAUAUACGGAUGUGGGAACCUUAUAAACCAUGAAGGUAAAAUUUGGGGGGGGGGGGGAUUUUUCACUUAGGAGCGACGCAAUCGUCAGUUAAAACUGCGCUGUAGCUCCGCCCCCUGUCGAGCGCCGCGCGCUGCUGCUCACGCUGACGAUGCGAGCGGAGACCGGAAAACGCGGCUUAGUGACGUCAACACUGGUGUUCCGCUCUUUCGCAGUCUCCGCGACUGUGCCUGACCAGGCUUAUUUCUGCGUGCAUGCCGUCCUAAUCUGCUUCGCUCAACCCUACAUUCCUUUAUUUGUGUGUAUAUAGGAGUGGUAGUUGAUGUGCGCAGCAUCAGUUGAACUUGUAGGCCGAUCAUGCCGGCGUUCUGUGCAGCCUACGCUUGCACGAACACCAGCGGCCACGACGAUGUUCCGAUGUUCCAAUAGUUCCUGCAAGACAAGAAGCUUUCAGCUAAGUGGGAGGCUGCUGUGAAGCGAAACAACUUCAAGCGCUCAAGAACAAGUGUUGUGCUCUAACCACUUCCGUGACGAUUACUACCGGAGUUUAUCAAUAAUGCGUGCUUUGGGUUCUCCUAAAAGAAGAUUGUUAGCACGCUGAACGGAAGUUGCAUGUUUAUCGCCCACCCUUGACGCAGGUUUCAUCGCCAAGCGCCGCGAAUUUUCUAUUCGCACGUGUGUUGUGAAACAGCCUGCAUGCAGCUACCAUAACGCAUUGCAAGCGUAAAGUUUGCAUGUGUUGGAAAGCCUGCUCAUGCCAAGACGCUGCACUCCCCCUUCUCUCGCACACGUAAGAAACCGACCAUCUCACCUAGCCGACGGAAUUCACCGGUUACGAGUAGCGUGCAGAUGGCGCGCUGAUGAAGGUUCUAUACUACACGUGCUACAACAGCCGGUAAACUUUUCCCGCGUUUAAACCGUCUGUGUAGAUUGCCGACAGCUUUGGGGCAGCGCACAAAUGCUGAAGAUCGCAUCACCGCUUACGUUCUACGAGGAGGCAUUCAGGAACAUAACACUACAGUUGUUUACCCGGAAACGUACUCACUGGAACGCUGAAUGCAGCUUAGCAAAAAACAUACUCGCGAAAGAACAUUUCCAACACAAGGAGAUACUAACGCUUCGCCUUCGUUCGCGUGGAAAGCAGUGCUUGCACCAGCAUUUUUAGCUUCUUGGAGAGGCCGGCUCUUCGCAGUCGGCUCAUACAUGUAGUAUGUACAAGUAUGUGCGUACGUGUAGUAUGUACAAGAAUAAACCCUUUACAAGUGAUCUUGCACGCGACAGCGACGGCGCUGCAAGCGAGGCGAUGGCUGUCACGUUCACUCGUCGUCUGCAAGCCGAACCAUUGUUGACGUCAUGAGGCGCCCGACCAAUCACAGGCAGAAACGAGGCGCACGAGCUGGGCGUGUCUGCUGCUGCACUUUUCGUCGAAAUAAAAUAUGUUUGCACUUUCUUUCACUCAAUUUCGAUGCGAUAUUCGAAUUCAGAGGGUUGAAAACCACGGCGUACUGCUCUUCACUAAUUUUUUCUGGAAAACAUUUCAGCUUCCCUUUAAUUAAGUGCAUCUGAUGUUCUGCAUGUGAUGUUCCAGAUAUUAUUUUGAAAUAUUUCUCAAGAGUCAGAGUAUUGCUCACUGUUUAUUAAUUUUACCCAAAUGCGUUACAAUAAAAUCAUUUUUGAAAUUUG